CUUCCCUCUCCAGCGCGGUGGUUUUUUUGGUCGGAAGCCUUUGAGCUUCCGACGUUUUGAUGCUUGAGCCGCUGGGGGCUCCCUGGCCACUCAAGCAUGCUGGAGCCGGCCUGUGCUCCAUCCUCCGAUGACCCUUCGAGAUCCGGCGACCCUUGGCUCUUUCCUGUUGAUCUUGGUAGGGGUUCAUUGGGUUUUUCUUUUUUUGUUCUGUUUGGUGCAGAUCCGGCGGCUUUCUUUUCUCCUCUGGCGGAUCUGAGGCGGCGCGUGCGAGGGCUACCAGAUCUGACGCCCACCGCGGCUCUUUGCUGGUUCCAAGGGUCUUCCGCCGCCGGAUCAGGUGACCGCACGGCAUCCUGGAGCCUGGUGCUAUUUCUUCAAGGGUAGAUUGAAGGGUGUCCCAGAUGGAUCGGUCGACCGAAGGCCGUGGUAUUUCCGGAGCGUUCGUGGUUGUUCGAGUGCUGAGUGUACCCCCUUCGGCCUCUGGAUAUGGGUCUACUCUGUUCUUUUGUUCCGGUUGUUUUUACUAUUUGUUAUCUUUGUAGAUGCCGUAUGGCGAUCUUUGUAAUGAAUCCAUUCCAUUAUC